AUGAAUAAACCUCAGGCAACAAUAACCGGUAGUUGGAUGAAUAUCCAUGACAGCAAUUCUAAUAAUCAGUCUGUUUGUCGAAUUGAUUAUCGGUCCAAUCCUACAUUAGCAAUGGCAGCAAAAUUUCAAUCAUCAAAUCAUCAAAUGAGCAAUGGAUCUUACCACGUUAACCAUUGUACAUAUGAUACGGAUCCAAACAACACUGUUCAUUCCAUCAACAUCAGUAAAUUUGAAAAUCAAAUUCAACAGCAGCAAACUGGCACAUCUUGUGGCUCAUUGUCCGUUUAUCCAUUGUCGUCAUCGAUUUACAGUGACCAACAAAAAUCAACAAUAAUGAUAGAUAUGAUGAAAGCCUAUGGAAAAGAAGGAUCAACUCCGUUUAGCACAUCUUACAACGAAAAUGUCAUUGCACAGAUAUCGCCGCAUGAUUGGGAUGACAGUAACAUACGACAAUCAUUCAUGCAAAAGCCAUCAAGUAGAAGAACAUUAAGCGAGAAUAGAGCAAUCGUUUCAUCAAAUGAAUAUUACACGAAUGAAAGCUACAGGCACAAGAAUCGCAUAGUGGCAUCAUCACCACCGUCAUCAACGAAAAAUAUAAAAAGAGAAGAAUGUCUAUCUUUACUGGCAUUAGCAUCUUCAUGCACAGAUGCUGCUGCUCGUCAUUGUAUUAGUCACGAAACUGAUGCUAGCGAUAUAUCAAAUUCUUACAUUUCAAAGAUGAGCACUAAAAUUAAAAGCAUCGAAGAACGUAGCAUUCGAUUGACGCCCAAUGGUAAUAGUCAUAACUAUGAACAUGUUGGUGUUGAUGAUGAUGAUGAUGAACAUUCAGAUUCUAGUACAACGGCAUUCAGUCCUUCAUCUUGUUGGUCUCCCGCAUCAGCAUCCACAUCACCAGGCUCGAUUUCUGCUGCCAUUGCUGGUGGUGGCAGUAACCACCAGAAUCUUCAUCAGAAUCAACAACAAUCACAGAAUUCAGGUCAUAACGAACAACCUAAGGUUGUGAAUAGCCAUAAUGAAUAUGAUCAUAGUUUUUCAGAAAUUAGUCGUCAUCAUUCUACGAUAGCUUCAUCAUCUACAACAUUAUCAACACAACCACCACCACCACCACCACCAUCAUCAUCAUCAUCCUCCACUUGUCAUCGUUUGAUUUCGGUCUCGGCUUCGAGCCAGCAAUAUUAUCCAUCUUCGACGAACGCGGCAGCAGCAGCAAGACAACAACAACGACAACAUUAUCAACAAUCUCAAUCGAUGGCCAGUCCGGUCAUUCUAGAUUGUAAAUCACAACCAUCAAUAACUGGAGAGACCGAUAAUUCAAUCGGUAAUUGUCCCGAAUCCAUCAAGACGAUUUCAAAAUCAACUACGGGCACCAAACAAACAACGGAUUUGUCCAAGGACAGAUCCCGAGAAGUGAGAGACGUCUCUUUAUCAUCAUCAUCAGCAUCAUCACCAACAAACGGUAGGCUACAGAGAAAUUCUACAUUGAAUACUUCCGUUACUAGCAACAAUUCGGAAACUGUUGGCCACACGAUGACCAUUGGGCAAUCACAACGACAUCCGAAUCAUCAUCAACAACAGCAAUCUUCCUGUACAACUCCGCCUACUUUUAUUGUGCGAUCCAAUCAUAACCAGUUAUCGACAUCAUUAUCCACUGCAGUGAGUACCAAUAUAAGAGCCAGCAGCAAUUUGGCGAAUUCAGAUCCAAUGAAUUAUCUUCCUUUGGAUGAAUUCCACCCAUUCAUCGAAGCACUGUUACCAUUCGUAAAAUGUUUCUCAUAUACAUGGUUCAAUUUACAAGCUGCAAAACGGAAACAUUAUAAAAAACAUGAGAAACGCAUGAAUCUGGCGGAAGAGCGACACUGCAAAGAGCAACUGCAGAAUGAGCGACUUGAAGUAAAGCAAAAAUGGGCAUCACGAUUAUUAGGGAAACUGCGCAAAGACAUAACACAAGAAUAUCGCGAAGAUUUUGUCUUAGGAAUCACAGGCCGCAAACGUAUUAGCUGUGUGUUGUCUAAUCCAGAUCAAAAAGGCAAAAUGCGCCGCAUCGAUUGUCUAAGACAAGCGGAUAAAGUAUGGCGUUUGGAUUUGGUCAUGGUCAUUCUGUUCAAAGCAAUACCACUCGAAUCGACGGAUGGUGAACGGUUAGAAAAAUCUCCUGAUUGUCAUUAUCCCAAUCUAUGCGUCAACCCAUACCAUAUCAAUGUUUCUGUUCGCGAAUUGGACCUAUAUCUCGCCAAUCUCAUCUUUUCUCAUGAGCAUUUACGUGGUAUUCCUCCCCCAGCCACCACAGAAACCCAAGGAUCAAGCUCGAAUAGCAACACAGGAGCAAGCAGCACCGACAAUGACGAUCUUACACACCAUCACCAAGAACAACAAGCCCAGACAACAGCUAUCAAUCCAUGUUCGGUGGUGUUCACUUCCGAAGAAUUGUUUCGAUUAUCUCGAGCAUCAAUAACUCAAACUGGUCAGAUGGUAACUUAUCCACAACAACAAGACGAAGAGCAACAACAACAACAGUCGCAACUAGGCUCAUUGGUUCAUGAUGUCAACAUGGCAGAAGCAAUGGCUUAUCUAUCAACACAGCAACAACAAAUCAAUUCAUCAACAUCAUCACCCUCUCCUCAUCCGCUCAAUUACACAUUGAGUCAUACGCCUACAAACACUGUUGAUAAUGUUUCUGAUUUAGGAAAUGGCGGAAGUGAUUGUCAUCAUUCUUCAAGUACACGAAUGGGUUCGGUGGCCGCUUCAAUCAGUCAGCCAUUCCAUGGACAGCAAGAACAAUCACCAAUUAAUGCUCACCAUCAUCAUCAUCAUUCUAGCGUUUUUAACAAUCUCAUCUAUAGUAAUCAGUUUAGUACAGGUGGUCAACAUCAUUCAGAAACAACCAGCAAUAACAACAAUCAUCAGCAACAAUCACAAACGGUGGUAAUAAAGCUUGAAGAAUAUCCUGAUGAGUAUUACCAACAUCAUCAUGAACAGCAGCAAUCAGAAUCUCUUAUUGGAGAUGAAUCGUCGGCUGCUGCAGUUGUUGGAACUACGACCAGCGAUCAAGAGUCAUUUUACACAUUGUUGGCAGCUGCAGCGGCCACCACAUCGGCCUCGACCACUACAACGGUAGCAACAAACUCUAACAUUUCUAGUCAGCAACAAUCAAAUAGCUUGCGGCGAUCAACUUCGGCCAUUUCGCCGCAUAUAAAUAAACGACAACGUCUUCUCAACAAUGACCAAUGCAAUUUAGCUUUUAUGCAACAUUCACAACCAGCGAAUGCUACAACCCAACUACUACAGCGUCAUUCGCUUAUGCUAGACACUAACGUAAAUCUACUGAAUCUAAAUCAUUCGCAUCAUCAGUCUGCCAUAAAUACAUCGGACAACGGAGCUGAAAGUAGUUGGAUGUCAACUACUAAUGAAAGCGGAUGGCAGUGUUCAGGUGAAACCGAUACAAAUUCAGAUGCAAUGAUAAAAAAAGAAUCCUCCAUGUGCGCCAUGUUGGUCAGCGUACAUGAUCGGCGUCAUCCAUCAAUUGAUGAACAAGUGUUAACGGCCACAACUUCAUCUUUCGGUGUUGGUGAACAAUAUGAAUACCAACAUCAUUACGAACAAUAUCAUCAUGGCCAAUCAGAUGUAGGUUACAUUGGAAUGGAUGGCUCAACCAGUCAUGGAGCUAGCGGUGAUGUCACAACAUCAACUACUAGUGAUAUAAGAUCUCCAGUCGCUAGUUCUAAUGUCGGGCCUGAAACUUCAUCAAUUCUGGAGCAAUCAUCACAUAUCCAUUCGUAUGGUCAUCAUGUACAAUUAGCAAUGACUACCAGCAUGGAUCAUACCAAUGAUAAUCAAAAUGAAUCGGCCAUUCAAGGACAUUCAAAUCAGUCGGAAUGUUCCAUGGAAAUUAUUCAUCAUCCUCAUCAACAACCGCAGCAUGCAAACCCAAUCAAAGUGAAAGAAGAAAUUCAUGAUGAUGUGGCCGGAACUGAGUGAUAGCAAAGUUAUAAGUGCAAUAGACAUACACAAACAAAAUAAAAAUGUAAAUCUAGCUGCGUACUUUCGAAUGAAUCUAUUUUUGAGCAGCAUUAAAGCAUUACAAU